AUGCUCUACCCCUUAAUAGUUUGGGCUUUUUUGUGUCUUCAGCAAGUGAGCGGGAAAAACGUUUUGGUGUACAGUACGACUAUCGGACACUCUCACGUGAAAUUCCACAACAAAUUGGCGGAUCUGCUGGUGGAUGCCGGGCAUAAAGUGGUGAUUCUGUUGAGUGAACAAAAUCCGAAUAUUAAAAUCGGAGAGACGAAAGCUGAGGUGAUCACCGUGCCCGCCUCGGAGGAAACGAUCGCUAUUCAGGAUGCCGGCGAGAAAGCGACCCUGGUCGGCUUUUGGACCUCGGACAUUCACGACUUGUCGAGUGCCAUCUCAGUGUUCAAUGAGAUCUCCAACAUGGCCACCUCGCAAUGCCGAAAGACUUUGGCCUUUCCUGGUUUGUUCGAUCGCUUAAAGCAGCAUGAAUUCGACGUGGCCCUCUCGGAGAGUUGGGAUCUUUGUGGAUUUGGAUUAUUUUAUCAGCUGGGAAUCACGAAGUACGCGGUGACAAUGACGAAUCAUUUGGAGGAGGGAGCUGCUGCCAUUCUUGGAGUCCCGAAUGCUCUGUCUUGGGUUCCAGCUGUCGAAAUGGGCACCACGCCAAAGAUGAGUUUCAUGGAAAGAAUCCAGAACCUUCGAGCUGCUCAUAUUAGUCAUGAAAUUUACGAUCUUCUCAUCAACAAUAUGCAGAGCAUUUUCGACGCGAAAUACGAAGAAUUCGCUUCGUUUAGAGACUUGUUAGCGAAUUCUUCGCUGAUCUUCACGAACAGUGAUCCACUUAUCGAUUUUCCAAGACCGACACUUCACAAGGUGAUCGACUUGGGUGGAAUCACAGUACCUCCUCGGUUCAACAAUCUCACUUCGGAUUGGGAGAAAAUCCUUUCGAGAAGAUCGCGAACAGUUCUUGUCUCUUUUGGCACGGUAGCGAAGGCUUUUGCGAUGCCCGACGACUACAAGAAAGGAAUCAUGGGAGCGAUGGACGAGUUUCCUGAUGUAACAUUUAUCAUGAAAUACGAGAGACCCGAGGAUGGACUGGAUGGCGAAAGAAAAAAUGUGGUGUUGACAAGAUGGAUGCCACAGAAUGAACUGCUCGGCGAUGAUCGAGUCGUGGCGUUGAUUACUCAUUGUGGAGCUGCCAGUAUGCAUGAAGCUGCGGCUCGGGCCAUUCCGGUUGUGGCGAUUCCACUCUUUCACGAUCAGAUGCGAAACGCUCGCCUCAUCGAGAAUGCUGGUUUUGGAGUAAUCUUCGACAAAAUGAAGCUCGGUGACAAGGGUGCUUUGGCUGAAGCGAUUCGAGAAGUGAUUGACACGAAGAAAUACAAAAAACGAGCCGAUGAAGUCUCCGGGAUGAUCCAGAAUCGACCAUUCACAAGCGAGGAGCUUUUCGUGAAAAAUGUCGAAUUUUUGGCUGCUCACGGGCCACUGAAGAACUUGGAUCCGUAUUCGAGGAAGAUGGGCUGGCUCGAAUACUACAAUGCGGAUAUUGUGCUGGCCGCCUUUGGAGGAAUCGUAUUUAUUUUGAUAGCGUUCGCUUUAUGUUUGUGCUUGGUGUGUUUCUUCAUCCAGCAAAGACGAACGAAAUAUCGGAGAUGCGAUGAUCCUGACGAUUAUUUCUUGCACUCG